GGAAAUCGUCAAACAUUUUGCAGUAACUUAAAUUUUAUAAAGCUUUCUUAUUUGUGUAGAAAAAUAUUUAUCAUGGAUUAUUAACAGUAAAUCAAUAUCGUAUUGUAUUUUUGUUUUGUAGUCCAAAAUAUCUUCGUAUUAAUUAGAAGGUAUUUUUGUACGAAUAUUAUCCAUUUGGCAAAUUGCCAUGAACUUCCGGUGUAGGAUAAAGACACACGCGGAUCUAUCGAGAAAAGAACGCGAAUAAAUUUAUAAUAUCGCAAAAAGCGAACUUAUUUAUUAACUUUACAUCGUCAGUUUAAUAAAAUGUCCAAUAACGGUGCUCCGGACUCCUGGGAAAGUCAAGCGGAUGUUAUAGGUGAACAAGGUGCAAAAGAUUCCAAUGAUGUGUCUACCAAAUUUUCCACGUUGAAUGUAAAUGCCGUGGAAUUCGUGCCUUCUUUUUGUAAGCCUUCGCAGGCUAGCGACAAUACUGAUUCCGAUUCCCCCACUACACCACAAAAAUCUGAAAGUGCAUCCACAAAUUCAGCUGGAAGUCCUGUCUUAAACGGAUGCGGCGACGGAGGUGGCGAAAGUGGAGAUGGCGGGGCUGCGUCGGCAUCUCCGCGUGUUGAGGAGCCCCCUCCUGUGCCGGCGGUGGCCGCAGCAGCGCCGCCCGUGCCGCCUGACGUGUCACCCACCGCCGACAGCUGGGAAGCCGAGGCUGAUGACGCGCUACUCACCCCUGAAGAAAACAACGAACCUGAUGAAGAAGAAAUCGAUCCACAGGAGGAUGGCGAAACGGCAAAAAAGAUUCCUAAGAAAAAGCCACCUAGAGUGGAAGAUACUAGGAGCAAGAAGGAGCAUGUUAAUGUUGUAUUUAUUGGACAUGUUGACGCCGGCAAGUCUACAAUUGGUGGUCAAAUAAUGUCAUUGACUGGAAUGGUGGACAAGAGAACACUAGAGAAAUAUGAGAGAGAAGCGAGAGAGAAGUCCAGAGAGUCUUGGUACUUAUCAUGGGCCCUCGAUACUAACCAAGAAGAACGUGAUAAAGGUAAAACUGUGGAAGUGGGGAGAGCAUACUUUGAGACUGAAAAGAAGCAUUUCACAAUACUCGACGCGCCGGGUCAUAAGAGUUUUGUGCCCAACAUGAUUGGCGGCGCGGCGCAGGCUGAUCUGGCUGUGUUGGUUAUAUCUGCACGUAAAGGUGAAUUCGAGACUGGAUUUGACAGAGGAGGACAAACUCGUGAGCAUGCUAUGUUAGCCAAAACCGCUGGUGUGAAACAUUUGGUUGCUCUCGUCAACAAGAUGGACGACCCCACUGUCAACUGGGAUGAGAAGAGAUACAAUGAAUGUCGAGACAAAAUUAUGCCAUACCUCAAAAAAUUAGGAUUUAAUCCGGCCAAGGACCUUUCUUUCUUACCUGUUUCUGGACAAACAGGACAAGGCUUAUUGGAAAGAGUAACAGAAGAAAUUUGUCCGUGGUACAGAGGGCCCUCGUUCAUCCAGCUCAUAGACGAGCUGCCGUCGCUGAACCGCAAGAUGGACGGGCCCUUCAUCAUGCCCGUCGUGGAUAAAUACAAGGACAUGGGCACCGUGCUCAUGGGCAAGGUGGAGGCCGGUAUGACCAGGAAAGGCAGCGUCUUAUUCCUCAUGCCUAACAGGGCCCAAGUCAACGUCGACCAGCUGUGGUCGGACGAUAUCGAAGUGACAUCCAUCGGUCCUGGCGAAAAUGUUAAGGUGAAACUCAAAGGUAUUGAAGAAGAGGAUGUGUCGCCCGGAUUUGUCCUGUGCGAUAUCACCGAACCUAUCACCACUGGAAGAAUUUUCGAUGCUCAAGUUGUGAUAUUGGAACACAAAUCGAUCAUCUGUGCUGGAUACUCAGCUGUCAUGCACAUACACUGCGCAGCUGAAGAAGUUACUGUAAAGGCUCUAAUUUGUUUGGUGGAUAAGAAGACUGGUGAGAAAUCGAAGACGCGGCCGCGCUUCGUGAAACAGGACCAAGUGGCGAUCAUGAGGAUAGAGUGCGCCGGCGUCAUCUGUUUAGAACCCUUCAAGAAGUUUGCUCAAAUGGGCAGAUUCACACUUAGAGACGAGAAUAAAACUAUUGCUAUUGGAAAAGUCCUAAAAGUGAUUGAGUAAAUUCGGCACUACAAUUUGUAAUCUAGCUAGAAUAGGUAUUUCCAAACCUAUAUCAACAAAGAAUGCAUGUAAAAUGUAAUUCUGAAUUUUGGGGUCUGUAUCAUGUGAGUGCUCGAGUGUAUUGCUUCGUCAUUUACAAAUGAGAAAAAUAUAUUUUGCAAUUUAAUAUUAAUAGAACAGCUAGUCCAGUUUUUUUACAGCUUUUGCUUAUGCAAGUGUUGGGCUCUACACGGCACGCCUAUCGCACUCGCCGACGCCCACUUUCAAGCCCAAUGGCGUUAUGUAGCGUUGUUAAACUAUAGAAUGUUACUUUUGUAUAUAUAUGUUUCAUCCUACAAAUUUUAUGGUCUUAGCUCAAGUCGCUCGAACUUUUUUUAACAAAAGUUAAUUUUACAAUGUAUCUACUCUAUAAUGUAACUAUGAAUACGAUGGGAACAAUUUCAAAUCUUAUUUAUUAUAUUUAUGAGCGAUUAUUAGAGCUUCGUGUAGAAUGCCCAACAGUUAAUUCCAUUCAAAUUCAUUCAUAAAGCUUAAAUUGUGAUCGGGUUCUCGUUACUAGUGUCAUUGUAACUGUUUUAUCUUUAGUGACGUGGUGUAAGCGGGAUAAGGCUCUCGUAUCGUCGUUAGAAUGAUCACCGGUGCAGUAUCGACAAUCAAUGGCAGAUGUUUUGUUUUGAAUUACCAUGUCUACAAAGCUGUUUCUGUCUUAACACUGCAAGGUGGUCAAUUUAACGACACAUUUUAUAUAAUAUAUAUUAUUUUCACAUAUUAUAACAUGAUUAUAUAAUUUUCACAAAAUUAUGUUUUUAAAUAGUUUGCUACAUAAAUACACAUAUUUAUAAAGACGUUUGUAAUGCAGUCAAUGACUGAAGUAUGUAGCAUUUAUUUAUGUAGAUCUAAAGUAGUCACGGACGUAUGUUUUUAAUUAAUAGUGAUUCAACAAUAUGUUGUCCUACCCCAUUAUGAUUAGACUGUAAUUUAUUUCGUAGCCAUCUAUUUGUAAACGAUAACGUGUUUCCAUUGACAGAGUUAACUAUGUUAUAGACUAGAUUGCAUCGGAGACACUAAUGUCAGCCCUUUGAGCAGACAGUUCCAUUCAUUUUCUGUGGUGAAUGGUAGCCGAUUUAGAAGUCUAGCUUCUUACUCUUAUUCUUGGUAAACUAGAAUCAUCAAGAGUACUUACGAUAAUAUUGUGCAGAAUAUAUGUAAAAGGCGGUUCGUAACAGAAAGUUCAUAUAACUUCGGCUCAACCUCCGAAUUGUUAUAGUAAAUGUAUAUUAUGGAUUUAUAAAUUUUCAGCUUUUUUAAUAUAAUCAGAUUUACGUCUUGGGGCGAUUGUAUAUUAUUAUCAAUAUUUUGUGUAUAUCAGUGGACAAAUAGCGAGGCGCGUGGUUGCCCCGACUCGGUCCACCUCGUGCUAUAGUUACGUGGACUCGCUUGGAACGUAGCGGAGGUGUCAGUGCCUUGUUGCCGGGGGGCGCCUCGGCGCCUCGACUCCGAGCGAGCACUGGCAAGCUGCAACUAUAUUAUUUUGUUUAAAAUAAAAUAAAAUUUUAUUAAUAA